AUGCCUCUGCUGGAAAUCAGUGGGGUUCAAGUGAAUUUUCCAUUCACACCUUACCCAUGCCAGGUGGAUUACAUGAGCAAAGUCCUCACAUGUCUACAGAAGAAUCAGAAUGGCGUCCUGGAGAGUCCGACCGGUACAGGGAAAACUUUGUCUUUACUUUGUGCUUCCUUGGCAUGGCAGGAAAGUCGAAAGGCUCAGGUAGAACUCACCAAGCAAGCUGGUCUUGCCGCUCUGGUAUCAUCCUCAGCCAAUGAUGCUGGAAAUGUCAAUGUGGACAGACUCAAAGCCAGUCUGCAGACGGCUUCUGGUGCAAGCUGGGGUUCUGAUGAAUUUUUUGUACCCAAGAUAAUUUAUGCAUCAAGAACUCAUUCGCAGCUUUCGCAGGCUGUGCAAGAGCUGAAGAGAACAGCCUAUAACAGUGUCAAGUCAUCCGUGAUUGGUUCGAGAGAGCAGUUGUGUAUUCAUCAGCAGGUGCAGAAACUGACCAGUAACACAGCCAAGGUGAAUCUGUGCAGAGUCAAAGUUGCAGCUCGACAUUGUCAUUUUUACAACAAUAUUGAAGGCUUUAAAAAGAAUGGUGAUGCCAGAAAGAUUGUAGGCAAUGUUGUGGACAUCGAAGACAUUGUCAAGAUCGGACACAAGACAAAAACAUGCCCAUACUACAUGGCACGGGAGCUCAAAACAGACGCUGAUAUUGUGUUCAUGCCUUAUAACUACUUACUGGACAACAAGUCUAGGAAAGCCCAUGGAGUGGAGCUUCAGGGAAGCAUCAUUAUAUUUGAUGAGGCUCACAAUCUGGAAAAGAUUUGUGAAGAGUCUGCAUCCUUUGACCUCAGCUCAUUGGACCUUGCCACGGCUAUAGAAGAAACCACAAAACUGGCUGAAAGGGUGGCUGAACUAAGUUCAUUAGAAACUGAGUUUUCACAAGUUGACGACUCUGCUAUAGUUCCAGAAUUUACCUUGGAAGAUAUCAUUCGUUUAAAAAAAACACUGUUGGAGAUGGAGGAAAACCUGGAUGCGAUUGACAUUAUGAAUUCUGCCCAGGGAAAAACACUGCCUGGCGGCUACAUGUUUGAAUUCCUGGCUAAAGUCAACAUUAACUGGACAACCAAGUCUUUGUUGCUGGAUGUGUUGGACAAAAUGAGCACUUUCCUCAGCAAUGAUGGAAAUUCUGCAUUAAGCACCAAAGGAGCAGGAUUAUCAAAAUUUGCUGACUGCUUGAAGAUUGUAUUUAGUCAAGAGCCAAAGGAAUAUACAACUCUGACCACUCACCAAAAGCUUUUAUCUGAGCAUUUUAAGGUUCACGUACAGAAGAAGCAAGCAGAAAGUUAUAACAAAAAGAAAAUUGAUUCCUGGUCGACUUCUGCAAAUAAUGAAGGAAGGAAAGAGAGAAUACUCAGUUAUUGGUGCUUCAGCCCAGGCCACACAAUGAAAGAUCUGCUAGCUCAUGGAGUCAAAGUCAUCAUCCUCACAAGUGGGACGCUGUCACCGCUGGAUUCCUUCACGAUGGAGAUGCAAAUACCCUUUCCAGUACAGUUGGAGAACCCUCAUGUGAUUGAGAAAAGCCAGGUGUGGCUGGGGACGUUGUGUAAAGGUCCUGAUGGAACGGUUCUCAAUUCAGAGUAUAAGAACAGAUCUAAUGAGACAUACCAGAGAUCUUUAGGAAACACAAUAAUGAAUUUUGCCCGCAUUGUUCCAAACGGUCUCUUGGUGUUCUUUCCCUCUUAUCCUGUGAUGGAUAACUGCAUUGAGAAAUGGAAGGCUACCAAUCAGUGGAAUGUGAUAACACAGUACAAACCUGUUAUUGUAGAACCCAAGGGGAAAACUUUAUUUGAUGAGGCAAUGGACGAAUAUUACACUAAAGUGAGUGAUCCGAAUCUCAAUGGAGCAAUAUUUAUGGCUGUCUGUAGAGGAAAGGUGAGCGAAGGAUUAGAUUUUGCUGAUACGAACGGCCGGGCUGUGAUGAUUACUGGUCUACCUUUCCCGCCAAGAUUUGACCCACGAGUUCAGCUGAAGAUGGAUUUUCUCCGGGAAAAUAAGCACAAAUUCAAGGGACUGAAUGAAAACACUUGGUACAGGCAGCAAGCUACACGUGCUGUCAAUCAGGCUAUUGGGCGUGUUAUUCGACACAACAAAGAUUUUGGUGCCAUUGUUCUUUGUGAUACAAGGUUUUCAUCAUUUGAGAAUAGAAAUUCCCUGCCGUCUUGGGUGAGAGAGCAGGCACAGGUUUACGAAACUUUUGGCCAGGCUUUGAAAGAUGUCAUUGCAUUUUUCAAAGAAGCUGAGAAGAAUUUUCCGUGUGGGAUGCCGAGGCCUGUCAAGAGUGGCCAGGAGCAGAGUGUUGUCAGCGGUGCAAGCUUUGACCCCAGCUUUACCCGCAGGUCACAGAGCCGUAACCAUGUUGCUGUGGAAUAUGAACGUGCAAGCAGUGUGGCAUGCCAUAUACCUGGUUUGAGAAAUUCGACAGAGGAAGAGGAAACAUUGUGCAAGCAGUAUGCCAAGCCAAAGUUGAUUGAAAAGUCCAAGAAAAGAUCGUUGCUUGAGGCUUUGGAGUCUACAGAGGAUCUUUCUGUUGGGGCACCAGAAACAAGUACUCAGAAUCAUCAGUCACAGUCUCAGUUUCAGAUGCCAACUUAUCAGCCUCCAGUGAAAAAACUGCCAGGAAAGCAGAAAAAAAUCAAGCUAAAAGAGAAUUCACCAACAGAAAUAAUUGUUUCUGCCUCUGCAACAGAAAUGAGAACAAAAAUAGAACAGACAAAAAGCAAGAUGGCCCAUGAGACAUCACUGAGCUAUAUUACAGAGGUGAAAGCUGUACUAAACAAGGAGUUGUACAAAAGAUUCUCAGACGUCCUCAAUAAGUAUUUACGAGAGCGACAGAUUCACGACGUGGUUCCUGUGUUGGCAGAUUUAUUCACCCAUUCACCAGAGAAUCACCAUUUGUUUAAAAAGUUCUUUAGGUUUGUUCGCCAGGAAGACAAACAGUACUAUGCUCGAACCUGCUACGAACUUACUGGUCUUUCAUGUGGUUACAAACCCUCACAGAAUGAUAGCAACAGUCUGCUGGAUAAGAACACACCUCGUGUGGGGGAUGAUGUGGUCACUAGUAUAACAAAGACUGGACAUGUCAACAGGUGGGGAAGUAUUUCACGAUGA